UUCAGAUUACUGCUGAAAUCACAGCUAAUAAGUCGUGUCGUCAAUAUGGAUAAGAAAUAUACAGCUUUGUUGUUAGCUUUCUUGGUGGUGGCGGCAGAAGCUAACUCUAUCAAUGUUAAGUCUGUUCCAACAUCGCGUUUGUUGGAGCAAAGCAAAAAUUGGGGUGACCUUGGUCAAUCAGCCACGGUCAACGAAUAUGUGGACAAUACUAUUGAAAUGAUUGUGCCCUUCAUCCAGAAGCAUGGUUUGGACCCCAUGGAUCUGCCUGAUGUCGUCGAAGGUUUCGAAGUUAGGCCCCUGUUGAUCACAUACAGCGCUUGGCUGAAGAUCCACGAUGGUUACAUGACUGGUCUGGUGAACGUCUCUCGCUCCGGUAACCAGGAUGUCCACUACUUCGCUAAGAUGCUGCGUGUGCGUGUGCAGCUGCAGUUCACUAACCUUCAGUUCAUUUACAAGUACUUGGUGAAAGUCAUGAAUUUGGGACCCACCGGUGGUAUCAUUGCCUCGCUCAACCGUUUCGUGGUCAUCGUUGAUCUGCUGCUAGACUUCAACAACGACGAAAUCCAACUGCAGCAGUUCAGGCUUACCGACAUUGGCCGUCUCCGCGUCCGCUUCACCGGCAACAUCCUCACCGACUGGCUGGUCAACCCUGUACUCAACGUGUUCGUCAGGAUCUUCGAUAACAUCAUCAUUAAGAUCGUGGAAAUCAACAUCCGUUCCGCUGUUCAAGAAGAAAUUGACAACAUCAACAGAAGUGUCAAAGAAGUUAUCAGGAACAUUGAAGCAAUGAACAACAAAUAAAAUGAAACAACUUUUAAUUAUUAUUAUUAUAUGAAAAUGGCUUAGAGAAAAAGAAAAUGAUUCUUCAUAGGCUGUAUACAUAUAUGCAUAUACGUAUUGUUAUCAACAAAUAAUUGGAACUUGUAAUAAUAAUAAAAUCCAGGCUAAUUGAAAAUGAAA